GAGUUAUGUGUAUGUAUAUAAACUGUCUUAUAUUAAACGAGAGGUGACAGCUCGACAUAAGCAGGUUAUUUCCGGACUAAACUAGGGAUUGGCGCCAGGGCCCAUGUUCAAUGAAAAUCAUUUAGAACUUUUUAGCCCGGUCUCGUAGGAAUUAUUUAAACCCGUCUUAUCACAAUGGCCAGUGAACGUGUAUACAGACGAGCAACUCUCGAUGAUAAAGAAGAUGUGCUUGGUAUGUCUGAUAAUAUUUAUGAUGGUCGGGAUUACCUACCAGAACUCUACGAUGACGUAAUAUACGAUAACGACAUGCGGGGAUAUGUUUGCGAAGAAAAGGGAAAAGUGUUGGGAUUCUUCUUUGUCCAUAUUGUUGAUAACAGCGAGACUAUCGUAAGAAGAGCCGGGAGGGUAAAGUCCAGUCACCAGGGUCAGGGUAUAUUUAGAAAUUUGAUGGAGUAUAUGAUGAGUGAUUGUGCUUCGUUACCCAAAGUAAGAUACACCUCUAUCGCUAUUGAUGGGAUACCUACAAAGCAGGUCUCAAAAUUUUUAAAGAGAGAGAAUUAUCGACAUGCACAUGCACAUAAUUUUCAUCUGUACAAGUUUAAUAUCGGAGAAAUACCAACGAUUUCUCUUGAGAACAACGCCUUGCUUAUCCAGGAAAUUACUUCCAACAUCUUGACAGACAUCUUGAAAAAUCAGACAUCACGUGAUUAUCUUUUCCCGGAUGACGUAGUUAGAAUUCAUAGUGUGCCUUUUAAACCCAUUGAAGCCAACAUAAAAAGUUUUGUAAAUAAAAGAACAUACAUUAUAGGCAGUUUCAAUAAAUACAAAGGUGAAGAAGAAGUCGAUAUUAAUGACCUUGACCUUUGUAACAUUCGUCUGAUGACCUUAGCAAGUUUCUAUACCUGUAAGGAUGGACUGGCAUACCAACUUGACAUAUUUGGGAACAGAACAGAAGACUUAGGAGAUCAUUUGUACUAUCACAUGCAGAAAAUCAAAACCAUGGCGAACAGUCACGUCACUUCUGGUGUAAUGACUCCUAGUGAUAUGGAGUUUGGCGACGUUGAGAAACAUUUCAAGCCUUACGGGAUCUCUAGGAAGCAACUAUCAUUCUGGGAGACACACAUUUUCACCAAAACUCUGUAACGCCUUGAUUUGUCAGAAUAUAUAGUACAUUAACAAAACAAGUUUAAUUUUAAAAAAAUUAUUCAUAACUGUGUCCAUUUAGUGUGUAUAUCGGUUUCUGUUGAUUUCACAACUCCAUCUAUUGUGAUCAACGUCGACUGGUAAAGUACAUAUUUUUGAUUCAAUAUCGCACCAAUUCUUCUCAGAGAAACCUGUAAUAUACUAGUCGUGUACAUUAUUUAGUAGUGGUUUUAACUUAAGGGAUUCAAUAAACGGUCGUAUAAUUUGCUUUACUGUAGGACAAUACUAGUUCCUCGGUGUUACAGCCACUGCCUCUAAGAUUGACAAAACAUUAAUAACAAAAUCAGUAACAGUGAUAAUAUGACAUUAACUUUAUGUCUACUUCAAUAAAACUGCUUUU